AUGAUACCAUGGAGAUGGAUUGAUAAACUCUUAUAUGUCGUGUUGUUCUACAGCAUACACUGUUUGGCAGAUGAUGCCAGUUCCUUGACAAUUGACUUGAAAGCUCCUUGGAAAAAAGUUGACUUCGUGUCAAACUUGAUUGAAAGUGUUGCAGGAUUCAAUUCUUCGCUAUAUACACCAACAUUGGAGGCUAUUUUUGGUCUUGGAGAAUUUGAGGAACUUGAGGAGAGAACAGACAAAGCGAUAUAUCAUCUGGUAUUGAAUCACUUGGCACUUGAUCCGCCCUCAAUUGACUUUAUUAAUUUCAACCUCGUCAACAAAAAGUAUUCCCCGGCCGUGGCUACACAUUACACUCACUAUGAUCACAUUAUACACCGUCUAGGAUCAAGAUUGAGGAUUGAAUGCGCCCAAGACUCCUUUGGUAAUGAUGUUGAAACGAAAAAUGGGAUUGCCCCUGCAUGGGUAUUGUACAAUAACAAAUUUUACUGCUCGGUCAAUGAUCUAUUUGCACUCCAAACUGACAGAUCCAAUGAAGAGACUUUUCCAUUCGACAGGAUAAUCGGGCAUAAUGAUAAUUCUCCAUUGUUGGCGUUUUACGGUGACCCCACUGUAGAGCAAACCAAGGAAUUCCUCAAAGUAUUGUACCAAGAGGCCAGUAGCGGGAAGUUGCGGUUUGUAUGGAGAUACGUCCCGCUGGUAAGGAAACAAGUGGACACAUUACCAGGAUAUGCGGUGGAGCUAGCUAUGACGGCCGCGGAUUACUCACCGCGUGCCAAGUAUGAUUUGAACAGAGAUUUCGAAACGAUUGCAGGCUCCUCUUCCAUUGCAAAAGUUGGCGAGGAUGUUACAGACAUAGCUAUCAAACUUACUUCAUUUCUUUUGUCCAACAGGGUUGAAUUAACAAGGUUUGAUUUGAUACAGACUGUCUUGAACAACUUGCCAAAGUUCUACUCCUACUUGAAUAAACUACCACAACUGAUCAACUAUAAAAAGGUCAAGUCGAAGGUAGUAGGAAACGAACAAAUGGGAUUGUCAAAGGAAUCUUAUGGAAUUUACGUAAACGGCUCUCCAAUUCAUCCGUUGGAGUUGGAUGUGUACAAACUUGCCGAUAAACUACAAGAGGAAUUGUUUUUGAUUCAGGAUCUAAUCAAGCUAGGAUUCAAUGCCGUGCAAGCAAAACUCUUGUUAUCAAAAUUUGGCUUAUUGUCUGCGGUCAAACAGACUCAAUUCAGAACCGGAAACACGUUGAUGGGUAACAACGAGAACAGAUUUAGGGUGUUUCAACGUACUUUCAAUCGAAGAGAUGCAACCAAAGGUGGUGUUGUGUUUAUAAAUGAUAUUGAAGGUGAUGAAAAUUAUGGUGAAUAUCUGACAGAUCCUCAAGAGGCAUAUCUAGGUGCCGAAUCUCGUAAACUUCAACCGAAUCAGAUCCCUCCAUUAAGGGAGAACGUGCAUGAUUUGAUAUUUGCAUUGAACUUGGCAAGCAAAAAGCAGUUGAAAGUAUUUUUCAAAUUCUCAAAAAUUAUAUUGGAUACAGGCAUUCCUCAACAGGUUGGGAUUUUGCCAAUUAUUGGCGACGAUCCUCUAGACAAGCAGCUAGCUACACGUUUCUACCACAUUGCCGCACUACUGGAUCAAAAAGAAGCACUUGCAUUGCUUUAUAAGUAUAUGGAAUCAUCUGGCCCAGACGAAACUCAAGAACUAUUGGAUAAAGUGAAUUUACCUACCGGGUUUGCAGUGGAUUGUCGCUACGUGUUGGAAAAAUUUUCAAUAGAUCAACCUUCCGUCAUUGUGAAUGGGGUGAUUCAUGACCUUUUCUCAUCCAAUUGGCAAGUGGCAAUGAGUAAACAGAUUGAACAGGACAAUGCACUUGUCAAGACCCAAUUGAAGCUGGGUGAAGUGAAGGGCAAGUUAAAGGAUGUAUUGUACAAUAAUGCUAAGCUGGAACGAAAUUUGCGAAUUCAUCCUUUGGAUCCCAGCGAAAUCAUUUACAAAAAAAUUGAUCAAGAUUUGGUAAGAGCUUCCACAGUUUUCAGAAAAGUUGACAAAGAUUUGGAGAACCACGCCACUUUGUGGCUAAUUUCAGAUUUUAGUGAUUACAAAAUAAUAGAUCAACUUGUCAACAUGUUGAAUCUCAUGAAGCGACAGCCAAUUCAGGUACGCGUUGUUAAUGUGGGAAACUCGAACCUAUUCACGAAAUUGGCGGAUAAGAGGAGGUUGGCGGGUUUGACAAAUGCAGGUAUCAAUGAUAUAGUAUCAGCAUUGAGGGAGGGUGAACUAUCAACUGGUUUGAAUGAUGAUGUUGUAUAUCUAUUGGAGAAAAAGCAUUUACCAGUUCGACACUCUUACAUGUUAGUCAACUCAAGAUACAUAAGGCUAGACCCCGUCAUUUUAAGUGUUAGAGAGUUGGGGCAACUAAUCGAGUACGAGCAUAGCCAAAGAUUGAAAUUGAUAAAUGAAGUUGCUCUUACAUAUGUUGAUGAGUUUCCACAACCUCUAUACGAAUACAACUCAAAGGAAUCUGGGAUAGAUGACAUGGAUUGGUUUGAUUUGGUAUCCAGUAUUAUUACAAAGUCGUUCAAUGUGGAUGACAAGACAUUUAUUAAUGAUGUGAACAGGUUUGAUUUUGGGUCCUUGGAUAUGUCAAACCUGAUUGAUUAUGAAAAGUACGAUGAAUCGAAAUCAGUCGACCUACUAGUAAUAAUUGACCCGCUUGAAUCGAAAUCACAGAAACUAGUCAAUGUAAUCAAUGCAGUCAAAGACUUUUCCUUUGUCAACUUAAGAGUUUUACUCCAGCCUAAACUCGAAUACACACGAGAUGAAUUGAAUGACAGAUUCUAUCAAGGGGUUUUCCCCUCAUCGGCACCCCAAUUCAAGAAAAGAGGCAAUUGGCAUGAUAAAAACCUGGCACAUCUCGCUAAUCUAUCACUGGCUACAUAUUCGAUCCAUUUGGAUGCUCCUAAACGUUGGGUGGUUGUUGCAAAAAGCUCUCCGUUGGAUGUUGAUAUCAACAGUUUCCAAUUGCGAAAGCGUUCCAUCUCAGUCGCAUUUGAAUUAUCAAGUUUGCUCAUUGAAGGAAAUGCUAGAAAUAUUCAAACCGGAAAAGCACCGAAAAACCUACAACUACAACUAUCUAAUGGAACAAACAUUGAUGAUACGUUGGUCAUGACAGCUUUGAAUUAUUUCCAAUUGAAGGUGUUACCCGGCGACCAUUCACUCAGUGUCAAAUCUAAUUAUUCGUUGCUAUCUGCAUCCGAUAAUAAAUUUGAUCCAAACAUUGUUGAGGUUGACUCAAUUUCGGUGCCUGUGUAUUCAUUGGACGGAGUUGUUCUACAAGUGAGGGUUACAUCGAAUGGGGAAAGAGCCAUAAAAAGGAUAAAUCAUGCGGAUAUCAAUAUAUUUACAAUAGCUGGUGGCCACGAAUAUGAGAAACUUAUGAGCAUUAUGAUAACUUCUGUAAAGACACAUAACGCAGGUAAGCUGAUUAAGUUUUGGAUUUUGAAUAAUUACAUAUCUCCGCAAUUCCGAGCAUUGGUUCCACUAUUGGUGAAAGAGUAUGGAAUUGAGAUCGAAUUGGUGACAUACAAAUGGCCCAACUUUUUGCGAAAACAGAGUACCAGACAGAGGGAAAUUUGGGCUUACAAGAUAUUGUUCCUCGAUGUUCUUUUCCCUCAGGAUCUUGACCGUGUUGUAUUUAUUGAUGCUGAUCAAAUCUGUCGAACAGAUCUUGGUGAGUUGGUGAACAUGGAUUUGGAAGGUGCUCCAUACGGUUUUACUCCUAUGUGCGAGUCAAAUCAGGCAACGGAAGGGUUCAGAUUCUGGAAGCUGGGAUACUGGUCUGAAGUUUUGCAAGACGACUUGAAAUACCACAUCAGUGCAUUGUUUGUGGUUGACUUGCCCAAGUUUAAAUCAAUUGAGGCUGGUAAUAGAUUGCGUGCCCAUUAUCAGAAAUUGUCAAGUGAUCCAAACUCAUUGAGCAACUUGGACCAAGAUUUGCCAAACAAUAUACAAAGGCAGAUUAAGAUUAAGAGCUUGCCACAAGAUUGGCUCUGGUGUGAAACUUGGUGCUCUAGUGAAACGUUGGACAAGGCAAAGAUGGUUGACUUGUGCAAUAAUCCAUUAACAAAAGAGAACAAAAUCAAUACCGCAAAGAGGUUGAUUCCGGAAUGGGUAGAGUAUGAGAAAGAAGUGUCGCGUUUGAUUCAUCAAGUAAAGGAAACCAAUAGAGACGUGGAAGUGGAAGUGGAAGAAGAAGGAGAAGAGGAAAUUUCCCUCGAUGAAAGGGAAGAGGGCGAUAAGGACGAUGAACUCUACCAUGAUGAACUAUAG